AACCGUUAUAACGUGCUUUUGUUGUCAACAAAGGAUUCGCUGCCGGCGUUCGGCAGAGUCCGGUUCGUUCCAGUUGCAGUUUGUAUUUCGACCAGUUUACGCGCAGAAUGGUCGAGGAGGGUUCUAUUACGGCGGCGAACUGCCCUAAGGACCUGCUGCUCUUCCGGGCAGCGAUUUCGAGAAUAUUCCGUGACAUCGCGGAGUCCGUGAGCGCAGAUGAAUUCUGGAAUAGCUGGACCGUUUUGAAACAAAAACGAAAACUGUCUCAACAGCUGUACACUUUGAUGGUAGACACAUUGUACGAUAACAUGGUUACUCGUAUAGAUGAAUUUAUCGCGGAGGACGAUUUGAUCGAGAAAUUCAACGUUCUGAAGCGAAUAAUUGACGAAACUGACACUCCGCGUGACCACGUAGCAUGGAGACCCCCUGGGAAUGUAAUGGAGCAUUUGCGAUCUUUGGAUGCGGAGAAAAUCAAACAACACUCGGAAAAACUUGAAGAGUAUGUGACGACGAUGGAGGCAGAGAACAAGAAGCUGGCGCAGCAAGUUUCCAAAGGCAGAAAAGCUGCCAGUAGAGUCAACGCAAAAGCGGAUUGUUUGUUAGAGCAGCAUAAAUAUGUACGAUCUGAAUUCGAAAGGGCGGCUCGGCAUCUUGAAGGUGAUAUUAAGAAGAUGAGUGCUUAAAGCCGUGAAGAUAUUCGUUAUUUGCUUCUUGUUUGACAAUGAGUGAAUAAACGAUGUAUGGAAUUGUACAUAGUGAGUCGUUUGGCUCAUGAAAAUUCAAAGUUUUUAAAACUAGCUUUAAUUGUCACACUUUAAACAGGGAUGAAUUUAACAUUUGUUUACUUUGAGCGUUUAUUUCAAACGCAUAAUUAGGGACCAAUUAAAUUAGUUGUCUGUUUCGUUUUGUUUCCCAUUUUGAAGGGGAAUUUGACUGAUUCUAAAUGUAAAUAUGUAUAUUAUGAC